AUGUAUCCCACACCACCGGCAACUGCCUCUUCCUCAUCGGCAGAUGGCGAUAUCCUUGACGAUUUCGCCCAUCAUGAAGACCACCCCAUCUUUGAUCACGAUGACAAAAUUCCCUUCCCGCGGAUUUCCAAGCCCAUAGAACAUAUACGAGAUUCGUACGAUUGCGUUGUCAUCGGUUCUGGUUAUGGAGGCUCCAUAGCUGCGUCGCGCAUGGCUCGAGCUGGCCAAUCUGUCUGCUUGUUAGAGAGAGGGGAAGAGAGAUGGCCAGGAGAGUAUCCUACAGGGACGAUUGAUACGAUGAAACAGUACCGCGUCACUGGAGAUUUAAUUCCAGGCUCCUUUGGUGGCGUUGGCGUUAACAUAGGAAAUCCUACGGGCAUGUUCCAUCUCGUCUUUGGCCACGACCUGAAUGUUAUUGCUGGAAAUGGCUUGGGCGGCGGAAGCCUGGUCAACUCGAAUGUAUUCCUCGAGACAGAAGACGAUAUCCUCAAGAUGGGCCAUUGGCCACCAGAGAUUCGAGAUAACCCGGCAGGCCUAGAUAAAUAUUACCAAAAGGUUAGAGACGUGCUUGAGCCAGAGCCAUAUCCCGAAAACUGGCCAAGUCUUAAGAAGAUGCAGGUAUUCAACGAACAAGCAAAGGCCCUUGGACUGCAAGACAGAUUCCGCAGGGUUCCCCUGACAACCCGCUUCCGAAACGGCCCCAACAGUUGCGGCGUCAACAUGUCGGCGACAACACUCGCUGGACAAGAAACGACUGGUGUCAACGAUGGUUCAAAAACCUCUAUGUUGGUCACAUACAUCGCCGAUGCCUGGAACUGGGGCGCAGAGAUGUUUUGCAAAUGCGAAGUGCGGUAUAUUGAAAAGGUUCAGGAUGAUCGCGGCGGCUACUUGAUCCACUUUGCCUGCCACGGCAAAGGCCGGGGUCGUUUCGCGGCAGGCAAUAUUUAUGGCGAUUUGAUGUGGGUGCAUGCAAAAAAGGUCGUCUUCCUCGGUGCUGGGUCCAUCGGCACAACAGAAAUCCUGCUUCGGAGCAAGCACAUGGGCUUGAAUAUGAGCGACUGGGUUGGUCGUGCAAUGAGCGGUAAUGGCGACGUUUUGGCGUUUGGCCACAACUGCGAUGUGGAAGUAAACGCUCUUGGAAACCCAGACCAAGACCCUUCGAAUCCCGUCGGUCCAACCAUUACCAGCGCUAUUGACAACAGAAAAGGCCAUGACAAUCCACUUAAUGGCUACGUUAUUCAAGAUGGCGCCAUGCCGCAAGCUUUCAAGGAGAUGUUGCCCUUUAUACUCGACAUGAUGCCUGGAAGCCGAGCCUUUGAGAUGUCGCUUCUUCAGCAAAUUGGGGCGUUCAUGGGCCAUUGCAAAAAGACCCUAUUUGGCUCGAACUCAGAAAACGGCCCUCUAGGAAACACUCAAGUCUUUUUGAUCAUGUCGCAUGAUGGCAACCAAGCAACUUUACGUCUCAAGGACGACAGGCCGCUCUUAGAGUUCCAAGGAGUUGGAAAAAGCGACCGAGUAAAGAAACUCAACGAUCUUUUGGAAAAGGCCACGGCUUCUGUUGGCGGCACAUUGUCGCUGACUCCUUUUUACAACUAUAUGGGCGAACAACUGAUUACAGCGCAUCCUCUUGGGGGAGCACCAAUGUCUCGGGACAACACUGGAGCAAACGGGGCGACAAAUCACCUUGGUCAAGUCUUCAUCGGCAAUGAUACCGCAGAGACUCAUGCCGGCCUCAUCGUGACUGAUGGUGCCCUCAUUCCUGGUUCUAUUGGUGUGAAUCCGUUUGCUACCAUUGCUGCUCUCGCUGAACGCAAUAUCGAGGCGUAUGCGAGAGACAAUGGUCUUGUUAUUAGCGAGGAAAAGAAUGGCAUCUUGGAUCUCUUUGGGAAGCCGGCGCAUCAGCCAAGGGAUCGGAAUCCUUUAACGAAUCUCAAUGGCAAAGUUCCUAGAGAGACAUCAGGCAGAGUCAAAAUGUCUAGAUCAAAGACCAUUGAAUUUUCAGAACUCAUGUCUGGAUACAUACACAGAACCCAGCUGGAUGUGGCAGUUGAUAAGAAGGCGGCGUAUGAAUCGGCAUAUCGAGCAGGAAAGGGCAGAGGCGAGAUUGGCAGACUGUUGCUCAGCGCAACUAUCUUUGAGGGCCAUGACAUGAGAGAUGAAGCCCGGCCUAGCGGCAUGUUUACGGGCACGUUUGUUUGCCCAACUAUCCAAGGUUCUCCGUUCAUGAUCCCCCAAGGUGAUUUGUGGUUGUUCAAGAAAGAUCGAGAAGUCACAGGGACCAGCAGAUUGAUAUAUGAAGGCGACAUGGUUGGCGCCAACGGCAGACGAUUUCGUUUCAGUGGCUAUAAGCUGGUUGAUGCCUCUGUUUCUUUAAGCCCCCUUCAGAUGUGGCGUUCCAAGACGACCUUGUACGUUACAAUAACAGAAAGAGUCGCCCGUGGAGCAACAAAGAUCGCAAAUUGUAAUCGAGGCGCCUUGGAUGGAGACCAUCUUCUCAUGUACCGAGGGACUCCUAAUUUAGCCGGUGAGAAACUCGUUGCGAGUGGCAUCUUGCGUUUGCGCCCAAAAGAUUUCGUCUCCGAGAUGAUGACGCUCUCUGCUUCGGGCAAAGAUGCCCUGAGCAAAGCGAAAAAUAUGACGAACUUCUUGACCUUUUUCGCAUCCAAAUCCAUAUCACACCUAUUGACGCCACUGGCUCCCCUUGAGUAUACGGAUGAGGGAGCUGUGUUAUACGAGAACCAUACACCUCCCACUCAAACAUUUAGAGUGGUCUCUGAAGACGGCGUCGAAACGAAGCUACACCUGUGGGAGCCAGAUCCGAAUUCCAUUGCCACCGACUCAGAUGGCGUGCCUGUAAAGAUUGAGAAUCUCUUCAUGAUUCCAGGCGCAUCUGUUGAUCAUCAAAUAUUUGCAUUGCCCACCAUUCCGUUCAAUGCUGUUAAUUACUUUGUCAGGGCCGGUUACCGUGUUUGGGUAACGGUUCACCGUAUAUGCCAACUGGAAGCAAUGCAUAGACAGCCCUGGACGACAUACGACUCGAGGCUCGAUAUCAAGGCCUGCUACGAGCAUAUCCGAAGGGCCUAUGGAACUGGCAAAGUCUAUACCAUUGCUCACUGUAUGGGAUCAGUCGCGUUUUCUUGCGGCCUCCUUGACGGUACUAUCCCAUCUGAGUGGGUUUCCGGAAUCACUUGCAGUCAAGUCUUUAUGAACCCUAUAUGGGCCACUCUGAACAUGAUCAAGGCCACGUCGCCACUGGCCUUGGAUAAGGUAUACAAGUCCAUCUUUGGAGACUGGUUCGAAAUAGGGUCAUCCUUUCAAGACCCCUGGUCCCAGAAACUUCUGAACCAGCUGCUGCGACUCCAUCCCGAAAGGAAAGAAGAAAUGUGCAAAAACGCCGCUUGUCAUCGCGCAACAUUAGUGUAUGGCCGUUGUUGGAGCCACAACAACCUCAACGAGGCGACUCAUCGAAACAUUGAUCGCUUUUUCGGCGGAUGCAGCAUGCAUUUGACCAGUCUCCUGAAACGAAUGGGAAGCCGUGGAGAAGUCAGCACCAAUGAGCCCGAGUAUACAGAGCUCACGACACCAGAAAAUGUCGAGCGCCUACGCGGUCUCCCAUUCUUAUUCUUUGUUGGCGGAGACAGCGCGGUUCUCUCUCCAAGAGCUACAGAGACGACAUAUGAGCGCUUGAUUGAUACGUUUGGCAUGUCUGCCGGUCUUCCUGGAGGAGACAUCCAGUAUCGCCGAAGAGUUGUCCCUGGUUAUGGGCAUUUGGACUGCUGGAUGGGGCGCAAUGCUUGGAGAGACAUAUAUCCGUUUGUCCGCGAGGAGAUUGAUCGAGUCGUCCGAGGCGAGUCGUAUAGAUUUCGGGAACCGAAUGAUAGGUUCAAGCAAUUUGCACAGGGAAAGUGA